UAGAUCCACGAGGUUCGACGACAAUAUCAACACUGGCAACAUGUGGAGCAUCACUUUCAUCGUUCUUGUCGGCUUUACGGGUGGCAGCAGCAGUGACAGCUACAACAACUUUUUGCAAGGGAUAAUUUACUACAAAUGUCCCUUUGGCCAGGUUCUGUCAGAGUUUACGAGCAGUCCUUACAGUGCGGCUGAGAAAGAUCGGCAGUGGAUCCUGGGAUGUCAGUCUUAUCCCACCCUGGACUCGUGCUUCUGGUCCAGCCCCGUCGCACCAAAAGGCCAGGACUUUGAGUUUGCCUGUCCUGCGUCUCACGUGGUCAGAGGAGUUUACAGCCAGUACCUGCGGGAGUAUAAUUCCAGAAGUUGGGUGUUUGAGUGCUGCAAAUCCAAAGACAUUGUCCACAUCGAUUGUCAAAACGACACCAGGGUGAACUACUGGAACGAAGGAUUUAAAUGGUCCGUCCCAGGAGGAAACUACUUAACUGGACUCUCUGCUGGACACAGGAGCUCCAGUGGUGAUGUCCGUUGGAGUUACACGUACUGCAGAGCAGUGCGGGACGACUUGACAGUCACGUCCCAGAUCCUGGCGGUGAACAGUCUUCAGCAGAUCUCUCUAACUCAAGGCGACGUGCCGUUACGACUCACCAGAAACGCCAACGUGAACUCUGAUUACAAAUGGCCCAUGUACUUAGACGUGGUCCAGGUGCCUUUUACCAUAAGCAGCGACUUCACCGGCGCAGAGAUAAAUGUCAUAAAAACCGCCAUGCAGGCCUUCAGCUUGAGCACCUGUGUGAAGUUUGUACCUCGCACUUUUCAGUACAACUACGUCAGCAUCGUGAAGCAGAGCGGGUGCUGGUCUUACGUCGGACGUCAAGGAGGGGAGCAAAAACUCUCGCUCGGAUACGGUUGCGUUUUUUACGGCAUCGUUCAGCACGAGCUCAUUCACGCGCUCAACUUCUGGCACGAGCAGAACAGAAGUGACCGAGACGACUGGGUCCAAAUCCACCCGGAGAAUAUCAUCGAGGGAAAAGAACACAACUUCAAGAAGCGAGAAACAGACAAUCUUGGAGCGGAGUAUGAUUACUUUUCGGUGAUGCAUUACGGGGCUACGGACUUCUCAGCCAACGGCAAAGACACCAUCACUCCCCUCGUGCCGUCGGCGUCCAUCGGGCAAAGGUUCGGCAUGACGGAAACAGAUAUCCUGAAGAUCAACAAGCUUUACGCCUGCAAAGCUUUUUUGCCUAAAUACGGCGAAUGGGACAAUCAACUCGGGGACGUCCUGAGCGUCACGUGUGUGUCUGGACAGGCCGUUUCACACGUUAAAAGCGGUGAAUCCGGCGCGGACGGACGCUUGUGGAGAGUGUCCUGCAGGGCGUUUCAGAGCGACCAAACGCCACUGUGUCAGUGGUCGGCGUAUCUCAACGAUUACCAGGCGGCGUUGGACUACAAGUGUCCGGAUAACAGGGUGAUUUCGGGGGUUUACGCUGAACGCAGCUCUGUGCAGAAAGACAGGAGAUGGAAGGUCCAAUGCUGCAGCGUGCAAAACUUCGUCACGUACAACUGCAAGACGACCUCGCCGGUCAACUACUGGACUGAAGCGUUUGCGAUGCCGAUUGCAAGCGGGAACUACCUCACGGGGAUCCAGAGCUCCUACAGCGCCGAGUUUCAUGAUCGCAGAUGGAGCUUCACCUACUGCCAGGGAAGAUUUCAGUGAAGAAAAAGUGAAAAUCCAUCGAGGCUGUGGCCGUGUGCAGACGUCAGGAGCUGCGUGGUUGAAUGAAAAGCGUAAUCUAAUGUGUAAAUGGCACUUGGCACAUUUUUUUUCCCAGGGGAGAACAUAUUUUGUGCUGCUAACAUUGUGGAGACGCUUAAAAGUUGCACAGGAAGUGAACUGUCCGACCAAGAGCAGUGUUGCAUUUCAUUUUGUACGUCAGACCGGCGCAAAAAGAGCUUGUCGUUAAGAUAAACCUCCAUAAAUGCUGCGUCUGGGGUUUUAUGGUGCGAUUAUGAGAUGAUCAUCGCGAAAAAAUUCAGGUGUAAAACGAGCAGCGCCGCACGACCCAGCGGCACGUCGCUCCUUUAAGAACCUCGAAGGGCGGGAAGUCGGCAAAUUUGUACAAUAAUCCUCAAACAAGACUGUGUUUCUAGAGUUCAUUUGGACUCUUCUCUUGUUCUUCUUCUUCAUGUCUCGUUAUAUUUGUCUGAAUCAACAUGUUUACCAGCUUUGAGCGAGUUAAACUGGAGCUAAAUGUAAAGUAGAAAAGAGAAUUUUACAGCAAAUCCACUGCACAACUGCAUUUAUUGUAAAGUAUGACACAUGUAGCAUUUAAAAAAAACUAUUGCACUGAAAAAUAUAAUAAAAUGUGAUUGAAAUGU